CGUAGCCCCCAUCAGCGCGUUCAGCCACAAGUUCUCCAGAAACGAUAACGGGUCCUCUUACUCUGCUGCCAGCGCUCGUCCCGCUGCUGCUCUCGUGUUCAAGGUGGCCAAAGGAUGUCUACCCCAGAUGUGCCCCCCCUCCUGUUUACCACGCCGUCCUCAUUCCCCUCUGCCACUCCAGUGGCCCCGUCUGUAGAACUCAAUGCCACCACGUGCCAGGAGUGGGAGCAGACCCACCAUCUGCUCUUCCAUCUGGGAAAUUUCUCCCUGCUCUUGGGCCUGGCUGUCCCAACCACCCUGGCUCUGCAUAUGAUCAUGCUGCGCCUCCUCCUGACAACAGGAUGUGGUUUCUUCAUUGCAUGGGCAACGCUGUACAGGUGCAACAUGGAUCUGAUGGUUUGGAACGUGGUAUUUCUGGUGGUCAACUUCAUGCACUUUUUCUUCCUUUUGUAUAAGCGCAGGCCGAUUAAAAUUGACAGGGAGCUGCGGUCAGUCUACAAGAGGAUGUUUGAGCCUCUCCAUGUGCAGGAGUCUUUGUUCCAGCGGCUCACAGGACAGUUCUGCACCAUCCAGACGCUGAAGAAAGGCCAGGCCUAUGCUGCUGAGGACAAGACCUCUGUAGAUGAACGGCUCAGCAUUCUGCUCAAAGGAAAGAUGAAAGUAUCAUACCGAAGCCAUUUCCUCCACAACAUCUACACCAACUCAUUCAUUGACUCUCCAGAGUUCAGGUCCACUGAGAUGCACAGAGGAGAGAAGUUCCAGGUGACCAUCAUGGCAGAAGAGAACUGUAAGUUCCUGUGCUGGUCUCGAGAGAGGCUGACCUAUUUCCUGGAGUCAGACACGUUCCUCAAUGAGGUGUUCAAGUACCUCAUUGGCAAAGACAUCACCAACAAACUGUACUCUCUGAAUGAUCCCACACUCAGUGACAAGGCAUUGAAGAAAAUGGACCGUCAGCCCAGUCUGUGCUCCCAGCUGUCUAUGAUGCAGAUGAGGAACAGCAUGGCGAGCACCAGCGACACCGAUGAUGUUCUCAACCAGAUCCUACGAGGAGGAUCUGCUGGAUCAUCACUCCAAAUGUCACCUGGUACGAAGUCCUCCUCAAAAAUGAAGCCUAUAGACGAAGGCAUCGAGGAUGACGUAUUUGAAGAAUCUGCUCCAGCUGAUCACGUGCACAACACUUCCACUGAGGAGGUGUAGCCAGCAGAGGGAGAAUACACUGGAUCAGAGGGGUGUACUACCAACAAAGCUCUUUCUUUGUGUUAGCUGGGUUGGCAAAGCCUAAAACCCAGUCAGAGAGAACAGUUAUGAUGGCAGUGGUUCUCAACCACUGUGUUAAACCAGGCUUUUACUUAAGGUUGUGUGCCUACUAAAAAAAAAGGUCAUCUCACAUGUCAUAUGUGAGAUGAUGAUGUCUCACAUGUCCUGUAAUUUCCCCAUUGUGGGAUCAAUAAAGUGUCAUCAUCAUCAUAUGACUCCUCCUCCACACAAAAUGAUCCCUGUGAGUGCUGCCUACUGGAAUCAGAAAGGUUACAGCUGAUGGUGAUAAAAAUCUAUAAAGAAUAUCAAAAAUCUCACUAAAAUGUAACACUGUUGCAAAUAAGACGAAACUCUUUAAUCUGCUGAUUUAGCACACAGAGUGUGAACAUGUUUAAUGGAGUUAAUAUCUGUAUUUUAACACUGAGUGUGCUCUCAGUGGUGCUGUUUAUUUCUAAUGUGAAGGGUGCUUAUUUAAACGGAUUUAAACAUUAAAGGUUAGGAUGUCCUAAUAAAGCAGAUGUUAGUUUACCACCAGAUCAAAGUGAAAUGAAUUUUACUGACUGAACUGCUACUCUUGGUGUGUGUUCGGUGUGCUGGUAGCUGCAGUUCCAGCAGUGUAAAAGAGACUUGGCAGCAGAUUAGAAUGCAGUAUAAAACAUUUAUACAUUUUCUGCAUCACCAACUGAUAACAUUCAAAUUCCAGUAACUAUGCGAUGCAUUUAAAAGAUUUUAGGGAUCAGUGAAACAUGGCGUUUCCAACAGAUUUUAACCUGAAACUCUGAAUUUAACCUGCUGCUGAACAGGUUAAGUUAGCACAGUGAUUUAGACAGGUAACUCGCUAAUCCGUAACAUAAUCUCACAUCAUAGGACAUCCCUCUGAUCCAUAUUCUAUCAACUGUUUAGCACACUAGAUUGUGAUCAAUACACUGUGUGGCCUUUAAAGACAUGUUUGUCUACAUCACUUAGUUUGUCCACCACUUUUUUUUAUUGUUAUCUCUGACUUUAGCAAACAAGGUUCAUAUAUUAUGUCAUAUUACAUUAUAUUCUCAAUUCUCUUCAGAAUCUUUGAAUGUGAUUUGCAAUUAUGUUUUAAGUCUGACACAGAAACCAGAGCAUUUUAUUAUUCAGUAAAUACAGUACCAGUCAGUACCAGUGUGUCCAAACUGGUACCAACUGGUAAGUGAGGAGUCUUGCUCUGAUAUUGUUUGAACUGUGAUAUCCUUAGUUUGUUUUCAUUGUUGUGUAUUAAAUGUAUGUGAACAGUU